UCCAGUUCGUGAAGAUUACUGUUUGACAAAAUGCCACCAAAGGCAAGCGGCAAAGCUGUGAAGAAGGCUGGUAAAGCCCAGAAGAAUAUUACCAAAUCCGAUAAGAAGAAGAAGCGUAAGAGGAAGGAGAGCUAUGCCAUCUACAUCUACAAGGUCUUGAAACAAGUUCAUCCGGACACUGGAGUUUCAAGCAAGGCCAUGAGCAUCAUGAACUCAUUCGUUAACGACAUUUUCGAACGAAUUGCCGCUGAAGCAUCAAGAUUGGCUCACUACAACAAGAGAUCAACUAUUACUUCUCGGGAAAUUCAGACAGCUGUUCGUCUCCUCCUCCCCGGAGAGUUAGCUAAACACGCUGUGUCUGAAGGAACCAAGGCAGUGACCAAAUAUACAAGUUCUAAGUAAUUUACAAUUACUUUCCAAUCAUCGGCCCUUUUCAGG